AUGCAAUUACAAAUCAAUUUUUUUCCACAUUACAUUUUGCUUGACAUUAUCUCUAAAGCAGGAAUUGAAAGUCUCGUCAAACUCCUUUCACCUCCAUCCUUUUUGCGGCUGAAUUUGAAUAUAAAAGAAGCCAUUGAUCAUGCGAUAAGAAAGAAGAUGAAUUGGACAUACGACAAUAUAGCUACGAAAACAGACAAAAUGUUUUCCUGGAAGUCAUGCAACGAAGUGGGUACUACCGAUUUCAAAAAUUUCGCAGAGAUUCAAACAUUUCAUGAUUAUUGCGUAGGCGAAUACAUUGAGGUGGAGUUAAAGCUUUGCUACAGGUUGAAGUAUGCCAGUGAUUUGAUUGAACUUGAGCACUUGCUUCUUCGGUUGGAUCCCCGCACAACAUUGAAGUUGCACUUGGUGUUGGACUUGGUCAGUUGUCGUUUCCACUUUGUUGAUUUAACCCAUUUAUCUCAAUCCUUCAAACACUUGAGGGACCGUUUCACAGGCUUUUCCAUAAGUGCAACAUCAAUGGCGGGCAUCAAAGGUGAAAUAGACUUAAACAACUUUAGUAACAUCGAAAUUCUCAGAAUAAAUGGCUGCACGGUUAAGGGCUCGCUUUCAGAUUGUCACAAAUUACGUGAAUUUUCCUUUGAGCCAGUUCGUGGUCAGGACAAUCUAUUCGAUAUAAAUGAAUUACCUCCGUCAUUGAAAAGGCUUGAGAUCAGUAACUACAGUUUAUCAAACUCAAGGUUAAAAGAGGGCAAGGUGUUGCCGUCUCUUGAAUAUGUGGCAGUAAGCUGUGAUGAAGAUCCAAUGCCGUCACCAAUUAUGGAUGUUGUUCAAAACAUGACAUGUCAAAAGACCACAGCUUUCAGUUACUCAUACGAAUUUGGCUUGGCGGAUCAAUUUAUGUUGGCUCUUUGUCAGGUUGCGAAAGAUAAAAGCUUCAAUUUGAAAUCAUUGUCAAUAUAUGGUUGUGUCGAAGCGCCGAUUGAGAUCUACCCGUCUGAGCAACUUGAACUUCGGUAUGUUGAUAAUCUGUAUUUAGCUUCGUUUUUGAAACUGCUUCCCACUGUGAAAAAGUUGACAAUAACUGAAAAUGUAGUCACAGAAUUAGGUGGGAUUUUGAAUAAUCUUCCUGAUGGGUUGGAGUAUUUGAGCCUAUUCGAUAAUAAAAAAACGUGCGUCAAUGCCAAUGUGGGCUUUGCAAGACUUCAAAACUUAAAGUGCCUCAAUUUGUCAAGAACUGGGAUUAGGAGCAUAAUUGAGUUUACUUUUCCUAGCCUGCUCGAAGUUUUAGAUCUUUCAGGUAAUGAAAUUGACUCAAUAGUUGGGGUUGUGUUUCCGAAGAGCUUAAAGAGUCUUGAUUUGAGCUUCAAUGAUCUACAGGAUUUACAAGGAGCGAGAUUUCCACAGUCUUUAAUGCAGCUCAAUAUGUUUGGAAAUUCAGUUGAAAUCGAAUCCAUUUUAAAAAAAGUUGAAACACUUCAGAUUGAGACAUUGUACCUUGGAAAUAAUGAAGAGUGUAAGUUUUCCAGCUGCACAUUGCCAGCUUCUAUUCGGAGUUUAAGUUUGAAUUGUUGCAGUCCGUCAAACUGCAACUUUGGUGAAACCUUGGUAAGUUUACGCAUGGAAUCGUGUAAUCUUACCAAGGGCAUUAGCUUUGGGACAUAUUCUAGACUACGUUACUUGUGCAUCAAUUUCAGUAAAUUAACAGCCUUCGAUAUAGAACUUCCUCAGUCACUAGAGGAGCUUGACUUGUCCCAUAAUGAGCUUUCAGAAAUUCCCUCGCACCUUGGCCUUUUGCUGAACAUGCGUUACUUGAGCUUUAGAAAUAACGAGAUCAGCUUUGCAUUCAUGGGGUUUUCUCAAAGCUCUUUGGAGAUGUUGGACCUCUCCAAUAAUAAAAUAAAGAAUGUGCGGUUGUCUUUUCCCAAAGGUGCCACUAAGCUCAAGCAAUUAGACCUAUGUGAGAACCAAUUGGACGAAGUUUCGUUAAAGUCCAUUGGUCACGAUGGUAGAACAUUUCACGAUUGCUUAUAUGAAUUGAGUUUGGCAGGUAAUACAGAUUUAGGAGAAGAUCAGGUCAUGGCAUUGGUUCCAGGGUUGCCUCAAUCUGCACAGAGUUUGUGGGCAGAUAGACUUAUAUCUCACCCACCAUGUGCUAAAUAUCGUGCAGUGAAUUAUUUAUCAAAGAUGAGCUCCAAUGAAUGA